UUGCCGUGGUUACCGGGGCGAGGCGCGGCCGGCUGCGUGGCCCCGGAAGCGGAGCCAUGGCGGCGGCGGCUGUGGCGGCGGAGGGCCCCGCCGUGCUGCUGCUGCUGCUGCUGCUGGCGGCGGCGGCGGGCGGCGACGACUCGGACUGGGUGCGGCUGCCCAGCAAGUGCGAGGUGUGCAAGUACGUGGCGCUGGAGCUGAAGUCCGCUUUUGAGGAGACCGGCAAGACCAAGGAGGUGAUCGACACGAAGUAUGGCUUCCUGGACGGGAAGGGCUCUGCCGUCAAGUACACGCAGUCGGACAUCCGGCUCAUUGAGGUGACGGAGAACAUCUGCAAGAGGCUGCUGGAUUACAACCUGCACAAGGAGAGGAGCGGCAGCAACAGAUUUGCAAAGGGCAUGUCGGAAACCUUUGAGACCUUGCACAACCUGGUGCACAAAGGCGUCAAGGUGGUGAUGGACAUCCCCUAUGAGCUGUGGAACGAGACCUCCGCCGAGGUGGCCGACCUCAAAAAGCAGUGCGACGUGCUGGUGGAGGAGUACGAAGACGUGAUCGAGGACUGGUACAGGCACCACCAGACAGAGGAUCUCUCCCAGUUUCUCUGUGCUGACCACGUGCUAAAAGGGAAGGACGCGAGCUGCCUGGCAGAGAAGUGGACCGGCAAGAAGGGCGAUUUGGCAAGCAUGGGGGAGAAGCCGAGCAAGAAAAAGAGCGGGAAGAAGAAGAAGAAAACCGUGAAGGAGCAGAGCGAGGGCAUCGAGAGCCUCCCCGAUGCAGGGGCCACCCUGGAGGAGCACGGUGUCCAGGAGGAGGCCCCGCUCCCCCACAGCCCUGCCGACGAGCUGUAGGCAGGGGCCGGGAGCCCCGAGGCACGGUGCUCACCCCAGAAGUACUGAAGGGGAAGGGGUUCGCUCCACGCUGCGGGGCCACAGCCCCCGGCCAGCCCCGGCAUGGACUCACCAGCCCCUGUAGGCUCCAGCGAGCCGGGGCAGGGGGCAGUUGUGGCAGGUUGAGAGGCACGGACUCCGAUGUGCAGGAUCAAAAUGAAACUUUAUUAGGCGAGUGUGCUUCUUUAUAUACCCUAGGUACAGAGGCCGGUAACUUUCCGGUACACGUAUUAAAAUACAUAAGAAAA